UAGUUGUAAUAAAGUAGAAAGAAGUCGAUAAAUCAUGGCUGUCCGUAAUUUUUCUUCACUUUAAAUAAAUGUUUAAGAAUUGUCAUUGAGGUUAAGUUAUGAUAGCCUAAUACUCUCAAAAAAAUCAUGUCUUUGAAGCCCAAAAACGAGUAUCGCAGGUCCAUCGAGGAGUAUCAGACUAUGGAGCCUGUUCAGCGUAGACUCGGUUUCUAUUGGAUUCUGGCCACAUUGAGGGUGGCCCUUACUUUUGCUCCGCAGACAGGGUACAUUCAUCCCGAUGAGUUCUUUCAGUCUAUCGAAGUUAUCGCUGGAGACUAUUUUGAUAUCGACGUUUACAAGCCUUGGGAAUUCAAUGCCACCUUUCCCAUACGUUCGCCACUCAUUCCCCAAGUACUCGUUGGCUUUCCUUACGCAAUUCUCACGACACUAUCCCCUUACACGUUUCACUUCCUUGGCUUAUCGUUAAGGAGCCCAUACUUCUUUGUUCUCUUCCCCCGGCUAUUCAUGUGUGCGCUCUCUUUCCUAUCAGAUUAUUUUCUGUACAAGAUAUGCUAUAUGUACGGGCAGAACUAUCGAGUCCGGCUCGUUACGUACGCCAGCUCCUACGUGAUGCUCACCUAUGCCACCCGUACGCUGUCCAACUCGAUUGAACUGGUAUUGACCGCCGCGUUGCUCUACUUCGUUUCCCGGUGCAUGGCGUUCUCAGAAAAGGUGGUCAUGCAGAACGAUUACUUGACUAUGAAGCACCGCCAAGCAAAGACUCCCUUGGAGCGAGUCAAGUAUUACAAGCUUAGGGCGAUGUUACCGCCACACUUGUUGAACGAUUGCCUCGUGGUGGCCACGAUAACGGUGAUAGGAAUAUUCAACAGGCCGACCUUCGUCGCAUUUGCCCUCGUCCCGGUCUUCUACUGGCUCCACAGAGGCUUGAACUCACAGACUGUUGGUUUCAAAGACUUCCACGUCAGAAUGCUCGCCUUCAUCGUCUGCGGGUUACCGGCAACGCUGCUCUUCAUUCUAGCCGACAGCUUCUACUUCGGAUACUUGACGAUCGCGGAGAUUAGUCAGCUAGAAAUCGGGAUCAACAAUUUCGUCGUGACUCCGGUCAAUUUCCUCAAGUACAACAUGAAUACAAAGAACUUGGAGUCGCACGGGCUGCAUCCUCGUUUCCUGCACUUUCUAGUGAACGUGCCGCUGCUGUUUAGCGUUCUGGGGAUCAUCGGAUUAUUGACGUUUGUGAAAAUUAUACACAGUGGGUUGAAGGCGCGUUGGCUGCAUCUACCACGCCUGCAGAGCAUCGUAGGCCUGAUGACAUUCACGUUCAUCAUUUCGAUCGCCCUGCUGUCUCUUUUUCCCCAUCAGGAACCUCGGUUCAUCAUUCCAGUGCUUUUCCCGCUAGUGUUCCUCUACGCGCCCGAGCUGAGUCAAGUUCCUAGUCUGGAUAUCGUUCAAAGAUAUGUUGAUGACGACGACGAUGACGAUGACGAUGGCGUAGACGAUGACGAUGACGAUGACGAUGACGAUGAUGAUGACGAUAACGAUGGAAACAACUCCUCUAAUUUUGUCAAAUCGACAACGAGGCACACGUCUCGAAAGCUGAUUUUUUGGUAUGUCAGCAACCUGCUGCUGACCCUUUUCUACGCUUUCGCGCAUCAAGGCGGAAUCUUGCCACUUGCGUCUCACAUCAUAACGGAGUUGAAGGCCAAACCGCAUCUCACUCACGUGCAUCUAUAUACCUCAUACAGUUAUCCGUUGCCUACGGCAUUGCUGCAGCUGCGUAACACUCGUAGGCUUUACCGCAGCAGCAGCAAUCACAAGUACAAAUUGACGCAGGACUUUCAUUUGUACGAGCAAGGCUCCAAACCAAUGCCGUGGGUAAUCGACGGCAUCGCCUGGCGAAUCAGGGAUUGCGAGGAGAAGUUCGCCGUUAAAAAAAUCCCCUACAGACUGUAUUACGCGCUACCGGCUUCAGCGAUGAAAGAGUUCGCGGAAAUGUCGCACAAUAAUUCGCACCAUUCGUUCAGGUUUCACGUAGUCACGACUUUCUAUCCUCACAUCUCCGUGGAAAAAUUUCCAUCGUUGCAUUCAUUCGUUAGACUAGAAUAUGUGUUAAGUUUGCGAGGAGACAUUUUUAACGGUAUCAUUGCGACCGUGAAGGAUAUUUAUGAAUACGUCGAAGAGUUUAAAUUAGUAUUAUUAAAAAUCGAGUAUAUAGUUCCUGAAUCAAAGUAAAAUAGGCCCAAUAAAUGAAUAAAUUUAAAAAAUAGUUAACAAUUAUAGAUUUUUAAAAAUUAAUAUAAUUAAAGAUUGCAUUAUUUCUGCUUCAAAAAGUGCAACAUAAUAACAUUAUAAAUAAUAAUAAAAUUAUCUAUGAUAUGUUUAUAUUAAAUAUAAAAUAAAGCUAGUCAAAGACACUAAUCAAAUGUUAUUUAGCGACUUUAUAUAAUCUUUUUAACUUUUUAUAUGAUUAAUAGAAAAAGCACUUCAAAUUUUUUAAUACAAUUAAAUUACAAUUAAUUGAAAUAUGUAUAAAAUCUAAUAUUAAUAAAAUAUAUAUUUUUUAAUAUAUUGUAUAUUAAGAAGUUGUAUAAGAUAUAAUUUGAAAAUAAAUUUCUUUAAUUUGUAGAAAAUUUUAAAUUAGAUCUCUAAAAAUUAUAUAUCGAUAUGUCAGUAAACACUAUACUAGAUAAAUUUAAUUUUUUUAUAAUUGAACGAUGAAUGAGAUCAAUUGAUGAUAAAAAAAAGUUUGAAGAUAAGUUUUUUUAAAUUAUGAAUAUUAUGAAUAAUUAUGAAUAAAUCUAUUAUUAAUGUAUAUAGUUAAAAAAAGUACUGUCUUAAGAAUUGUAUAGUAUUUAAAGUACAUAUGUACUUAGUAAAAAAUAAAUAUGUACAUACUAGUAUGAAGAGAUUAACAAAUGAUAUGAGUAUAAAAUUUUGCAUUUUAUUUAGUACAGCUUUUUUGUCAAACAAUAAUUUGUAUAUAAGAACUUUCAUUAAAACAAAUAAUUAAGUCAUGUAGCAUCUUGUGCAUAGAGGACAGUAUUAUACACAGAGGGAAGAACUUUCUUAAGUAAAGGCAAGCAAUUUAUAUUGUGAGUGAGAUGGAUCAAGAGUGGAAGACAAUGAGAGUGAUUUUUUACAUCACAUUCCUGUAUAUACAUAAGAUAUAAAAA